UGUGAUCAGCUAUGUCCAAUAACAGCUGAUCGCAUGUAAAUAGGGAAAUGCCAGUUAUCGGCAUUUCUCUCCUUACGAGCGGUCAUGCUGACAGCUCAGGAGACAUGUGCACUGAUCAUCAGGGCACUGAUGAUCAGUGUGCCUGAUGAUCUGUGUAGCCCCAGCAGUGCCCCCUGUCAGUGUCUAUCAGUGCCAGCUGUCAGUGCUCAUCCAUUCCACCUGCCAGUGCCCAUCAGUGCCACAUCAAUGCCACAUAUCAGUGCCUACCAGUGCACAUCAAUGCCACAUAUCAGUGCCCAUCUGAGCUGCCUUUCAGUGCUACCUAUCAGUGCCAGUCAGUGCUACCUAUCAGUGCCAGUCAGUGCUGCCUAUCAGUGCGCAUCAGUGCUGCCUAUCAAUGCCCGUCAG